AUGAAUGUUCAACAACGUAUUGGAGGCAAUUCUCAAUUAUCACCAGCUGGCAAAGCAGUACUAAUUGCCAUUGUUGUUCGAUAUUCACCAUUAAUUAUAUAUAUUUUUUUUUAUUAUAGUAUACCGAAGUUCUUGCCCAAUACAUCGCGAACGGAUUUGAUUGUUUGGACAAGCCAAAUGCAACAAGCGAUCCAGACAGCAGAAAAACUCAACGUUCCUAAGGAGCAAUGGAAAGCACUCAAUGGUAUUAAUGCUGGUAUUUUCGAAGGUUUGACUUAUCGAGAAGUAGCUGAAAGUUAUCCUGAACAGUUUGCUGCUCGUAACCAAUCAAAGUACUACUAUCGUUAUCCAGGAGGAGAAUCGUAUCACGAUCUUCUUGCUCGACUCGAACCAGUGAUCAUGGAAUUGGAAAGAGCAGCAAAUGUACUUGUUAUCACCCAUCAAGCUGUAAUUCGUUGUAUUCUUGCUUAUUUUCUCGACACAGAUCCUGAACGUCUACCUUAUCUGAAAAUACCAUUGCAUACAGUAAUGAAAUUGACACCAAUGGCUUAUGGUUGUAUGAUGGAAUGCAUUCCACUAUCGGUUGAAGCUAAUAGUGAAUAUAAUCGAGCAGUUGUCGAGACACUUAAUGAAUUUCUCGAAGUACAUUCGGAAAUCAAAGUGAGUCCAGCGAUAACCCAGACCGUUUAUCAAGAUGCUGGUAUAGCUUCUGAAACAACUGAUGACAAUGGGAAUCAAACAUCACUUAUGGAUACUACGAUUGUUGAUAUUACAUUGAACAAUAGUCUUUCAUCAAUUCAAGAUAGUACUAUCUAA